ACCGCCUACACGUACCUCACCAUCUUUGACCUGUUCAGUUUGAUCACAUGUCUCAUCAGUUCCUGGGUGUCCAUGAAGAAACCGAGUCAGGUCUACUCGUUUGGGUUUGAUAGACUGGAGGUUUUGGCCGUUUUUGCCUCCACUGUUCUCAUCCAGCUGGGAGCCUUGUUCAUCCUGAAGGAGAGUGUGGAGCGCUUCAUGGAGCAGCCUGAGGUCCAUACCGGCCGUCUGUUGGUCGGGACGUUCGUCGCUCUGUUCUUCAACCUGCUGACUCUGCUGUCCGUCAGGAACAAGCCCUUCACCUACGUCUCAGAAGCGGCCAGCAGCAGUUGGCUUCAGGAGCAUGUGGCAGAUCUGAGUCGAAGUUUGUGUGGCAUCAUUCCAGGUCUGAGCAGCGUGCUGCUGCCUCGGAUGAAUCCGUUUGUCCUGAUCAACAUGGCGGGAGCUCUGUCGCUCUGCAUCACCUACAUGCUCAUAGAAAUCAAUAACUAUAACGCGGUGGACACAGCGUCGGCGGUCGCCAUAGCGCUCAUGACCUUUGGCACCAUGUAUCCCAUGAGCGUCUACAGCGGCAAAGUGCUGCUUCAGACGACGCCGUCACCCGUCAUCGGCCAGCUAGACAAACUGCUCAGAGAGGUGUCGACUCUGGAAGGAGUGCUGGAGGUUCGAAACGAGCACUUCUGGACUGUCGGCUUCGGAUCUCUGGCCGGCUCUGCACACGUUCGUAUCCGCCGUGACGCCAACGAGCAGCUGGUUCUGGCUCACGUCACCAACCGGCUGCUGCCGCUCGUCUCCACGCUGACCGUCCAGAUCUUCAAAGACGACUGGACCAGACCACUCCUCACGGGGACCCUCUCCUCCUCCUCCUCCCCUGCUCCCCCUCUGGGUCAUGACGGUUACGCCACCCUCUCCUCCUCCUCCUCCUCCCUGCCUCCUCCGCUCUUGACCUCAGGAGGGGAGAUGGACCCUCUGACCUCCACGCCGUCCAAACCCAGCAGCCCUCCACCAGAGUUCGCCUUCGAGACACCGGGGAGGAAUGUGCAGCAAGUGGUCCUGCCCAACCCGGGACACCACACCCACAGGCCCUACGGAGGCCUGGGACUCGCCUACGGAGCGUCUCCCUACACGGGGAUGCUGAAUCAGGGUCUGGUGCGGCCGGGUGUUGGGUUGGGACUCGGAGCGCAGGGUCUCGGUGCAGGGUUUGGACUCGGCGCGAGAGGGCUGCCUUCCUCUCAGAGCUACAGAACUGCCUUCGGAGGGUCGACGGCACCGCUCAGGUUUGGAACCGGCAACCCUCUGGCUCCACAGUCGCAGUACAGACAAUACCGACCCUGAUUGUGCAGCGCUAGAACUCCGCCUCAGACGCUUUCAUUCAUGAUGAAGGUCAAGUUUCUCCACACCUCAGUUCAGAUAUUUGAAACUCUGAUGAGAUUUUUAUUCCUGUCCCGGCUGGACGGCCGACGCUACAGCAUUUACUCUGAGUGACGACAAGAUGGUAACUUUAGAUUUAAGUCUUGUAGAGUGAGCCUCCAUGACCUUAGAAGAGAGGCGGCGAGUAUGUUGUGGUAUUUAUUUUGGGGACCAAAAGGAUGACUGUGGUUGGAUUUGGUAUGUUUGAGUCUGUUUUUUUUUUUUUUUGUUUGUUAUUAUUAUUAUCAGGAAACAUCCUCAAUGUGAGGCUGACGGUUAUUUUUUAAACGCUGUGAGGAAACGAUUUUCUUCAAACAUCAUUUCUGGUGAAAGGUAAUAAAGUGAUGAAUUAAAUGAGAAUCCAGUUUUACAUUUUUAAAUGUCAGGCAUUUAAAAGGCACUAGAAUCCAAAGAGAUUCACAGUUAAAACCUCCAAGCCUGGAGGUCAAAGGUCAGAGGUGACAGCACACUGAUGAUAUGCUAGUAUUUUACAAAUGAUGAUAUUAAAGAGAAAAUAUUUGCUCUUUAAAAUUGAGGGUGAUCAAGUGUUCUGAGUGUUUCACAGCCACUUGAUCAGCAUUUAAACAGGAAAAAUUGUGUUAAAAGAAAAACAUGUUAACGGUUAAGUUGCUCCUUCUCAACUACAUUUAAAUUUGGGUAAAAACUACAUUUGUUUUUUUCUGCUCUUAACUUCAAAACUUCAAUUUCACCAUUUUGACUGCAGAGCUGCUGCUGAAGACACACAUGCAGUAAGAAAAACAUGAACACAAUGAAAUACAUCACCCUGUCUCAUCUAGAAUAACAGAAUACUAUCUGUCUCAGAAAAAUCUAAUUAAAAUCAUUCUGAUCAUAGCACGUUUAGGGUUUGAAUUGCACAAUUGUUUAUAUCAUUUUAAGUUUUGUUUUUUGUUCUAUAUCUGUUAGAAAACAAACAUCUAAACUGUACAACCAACGGUCCUAAACACAAGAUUUUUAAUUUGCUAUCAAAUAAAAAGAAGCAAUUCUAAAAUGUCUCAUUUCAGGAGCAGGAAUCAACACUUUCUUUUUUAUAUUUACCUUUUUUUGAGUCAAAAUUGUUUCUGAUUAAUUUUCUGUUAAGUGACUGACCCAGAGUAUGUGUCUACAGAAUGAAACUUCUCUUUAAAAAAAGUUUUCCUGAAUGUGAUCAGCAGCAGCUCUGCACAAAACUUUCUCAUCAACAGACUCUUUUGUUUUGUAUUUUCCCUCCAGACAUAUUCAGAUCUUUGUUUCUCCUCAAGUUGAAUUUGGAGGAUUGUGAAGAAAAAGAUUAAUGACAGUGAAUCUGUUUUAUUACGACAUUAAACAUGGAGCCUUUUCAUUAAGGAGGACCAUUUCAUGUACUCUACUGGGAGUGUAUUUUUGACUGGGGUUGAUGGGUUUAUUUUCAUUUAUGUUUUAAUUAUGAAUUUAUUCCUUGUUAUCCAUUCCUUACAGGUCACAGGUUUCUGGUGCCUUUCUCACACGCAGGGAAAAAACACCAAAAAAUUGUUACAUCAGAGCUGAGAAAUCACAGCGGAGAAAUGUUCUUUAGAUAGACAGGACUGAGACUGUAAUUAAAAACAGCUCAUAAUCAUGAAACGUAAAUCAUUCUCAUAUCUACGACAUUGCCUGAAGUUACAGAAAGAAAUGUUCUGGUUUUGUAUGUUUGUGUUUGUUUUCUGAGAUUGAAAGUAAAAAGAAAAAAAAAGA